AAGGAGCACCCUGAAGCCAAGGCCUCAUAGUGAGAGCUGUGAGGGCAGCAUCACCAAACCCAGCUGGUCAUUUGUCCUGGAACUGGAUCUCUGCUGACCGUUCUUGUAGAGAAAGUAGGAGAUAUAUCUAAUUUUUUGGGAGGUUUGGCACUUCAGUUCAGGAUCUGCCUGUGAUGGGCCCAUUGUCUCUGUGGACCUACAGAAGGGUGCAUGUCUGCGAGAAAACAUCUUCAUUCUGGUGUCGAGGGUAACACAGGUGUGCAUUUCCUGUUUUUAAACAAACAUCGAAAGACAAAGUUCAGCUCUAUAUAAACUCUAUUUCUGCAUCUCCAUUUGCCUGUUUAAUCAGCCGGAGGACUUCAUACGUAAUCCAUGAACAUUUUAAUGACUGUUUUUGUCUCUUGCUUUGCCACAUAAUUAAGCGAAAAUGAAGAAACAUCUGAUCUGAGUUUGUGAUAUUUCCAAAUCAAACAAACUCUAAGAACUUCGAGAGGAGUAACCAGUGGAAUUCGUCUUUAUUUCCCAUCUCAUUAUAAAUGAAAACUGGACUUUGAACUGAAUUUAUCUAUAUUUUUACAAAGGAUUAUGGGGAAGAUGAAGAUAAGAAGAUUUUUGUCAUCAAUAUGAACAUAAAGCAAGUUUUGUUGUGUCUUCUUAUUUCGUCCCAGAAUCCAGUGUGAGCUAUCCCUACUUGACCUUCUAGAAAAAUACUGCGAGGCCCUGUCUGCCCUCUACAAUAUCACAGAUCUUCAUCGGGGAGUUCGGGGACCCCAACUGUAGCCUCAUAGAUGUUUUUCAGGACACUUUCUACGAAAAUGCAUCUUUUCCUUUAAUGAAUAUAGACGGUUUGUAUUGCAAUGCCACUACUGACGAGAUCGGGACAUGCUGGCCGCGCAGUACCAGCGGCCGGAUGGUGGAAAGACCGUGCCCGGAGUACAUUAACGGAGUGAAAUACAACACCACACGAAAUGCCUACCGGGAAUGCAUGGAGAACGGCACUUGGGCUUUUAAAAGUAACUACUCCGGCUGUGAACCCAUACUGGAGGAAAAGAGGAAGUACCCCAUGCACUACAAGAUUGCUCUCAUCAUCAACUACUUAGGUCACUGCAUAUCCGUUGGAGCUCUUGUCGUGGCCUUCAUACUUUUCCUGUGCUUGCGGAGCAUUAGAUGCCUACGCAACAUUAUCCACUGGAACCUGAUCACCACCUUCAUUUUGAGGAACGUAAUGUGGUUUCUUCUGCAGCUGAUCGACCACAAUAUUCACGAGAGCAAUGAGCCUUGGUGCCGCCUUAUCACGACAAUAUAUAAUUAUUUCGUGGUGACCAACUUUUUCUGGAUGUUCGUGGAAGGAUGCUACCUUCACACAGCCAUAGUGAUGACGUAUUCGACCGACAAGCUUAGGAAAUGGGUUUUCCUUUUCAUUGGCUGGUGUAUUCCGUGUCCAAUCAUUGUGGCCUGGGCUAUUGGAAAACUCUACAAUGAGGAUGAACAAUGUUGGUUCGGGAAAGAACCCGGAAAGUAUAUUGACUACAUUUAUCAAGGACCAGUAAUACUUGUGCUUCUGAUAAAUUUUGUUUUCCUGUUCAACAUUGUGAGGAUUCUUAUGACAAAACUGAGAGCCUCCACCACCUCUGAAACAAUACAGUACAGGAAAGCAGUGAAAGCCACACUAGUGCUGCUGCCUUUACUGGGAAUCACCUACAUGCUGUUCUUUGUGAACCCUGGGGAGGACGACAUCUCUCAGAUCGUGUUUAUUUACUUCAAUUCUUUUCUGCAGUCAUUUCAGGGGUUCUUUGUGUCAGUAUUUUACUGUUUCCUAAAUGGUGAGGUGCGCUCGGCCGCGAGGAAGCGGUGGCGGCGCUGGCAGGACAACAACGCGCUGCGGGUUCGAGUCGCCCGGGCGAUGUCCAUCCCCACGUCGCCCACCCGCAUCAGCUUCCACAGCAUAAAGCAGACCACCGCCGUCUGAGCCGCUGCGCCCGGGACGGAGCCAGGCGCCGACCCAAACUCUCCUGCUCCUCGCAGCAGCGUCUCCGUGGCAACACCGUUGCCUCAUGUCCGUGAGCAGCUGGGCUUCCUGAUGGACCCACCAUGGUCUGUGGCCAGGCCUGGUAAAUGGGAGGAGUUUCUUUUUGCACAACAAUGACUUGGUGCUGUAUUGUGCAUCUAAGAAAGCUGGACCAAAAUUUUCCGUUGCUGGAGGACAAUUUCUCCCAGAAAGACCUGCGAGAAAGAAUCCCUCAGAAGCACCUCUGGUUGUGUACACAGUGGUCUGGCUUACUAUUAAUAGUCUGUGCAAGCAUUCAUUAUUAUUAUUAUUAUUAUUAUUAUUAUUCCAUCUUUUCUGGUCAGGGUCAAUGUAUUAUAGAAGGACGGAUGUAGGUUUCAUGUAUUUUAUUUACUGAAGAACCUUUCAAGGUUUAAAACAUGGUUAAAUUGCAUCGGAGUAAAACGAGGGCAGUCAUUCAUCCUUUUCCUCAGUCAUUUCCUCAUAUUAACCAAUCAAAAUAAAGAAUAAUCGAAUAA